AUGGGAGUCGGUUCUUUUCUUGAGCCACUCAUCGUCGUGACUCUCCUCUUUGGGGGUGCCUACUUCAACAGAAGUAAGGACUACAAUUUCUGGACAAACAAGUCAGGAAUCGCCAGCAUCAAGAGUUAUAAACGAUCCGAUGACUUCCCGAAGCGAGACUCGACCGAUAGUCUUAUGAGCGGAUGGAGUGGUUCGCGGUCACCGAGUCUCGACUCAAGUUCUCAGCCGACUCUACGCCGCCGCAAGCUUCAAGUGCUUGGCUAUAAGCGCAUCGUGUCUACACCAAACACUCACAUAUUUGAGGAUCGACUCCUGAGCCGCCUUCUCAAGAAGUUGCCAUUCUUGGUCGAGUGUUGGUACUGGUUUCUUAUUUACUUUGUGUACCAGGUCGGUCGUGCUAUCACUGCGUUGACUCUCGAUGAGGGCACUGUCGAUGUUGCCCGCAGACACGCUCUACAAAUCAUCCACCUCGAACAACGGCUUCAUAUCUUCUGGGAGAUAGACUUUCAGAAGUGGUUCCUGGCUCGACCUGCUCUUCUCCACUGGAUCAACCGGAUCUACUCAUUCAUCCACAUUCCAGGCACCAUUACCUUUCUUGUUGUCCUCUACUACUUCACCACCACCCGACAUCGCCGCUAUGCCGCUGGCCGUGUGAGAUCUGAUACAGUGGCUGCCGGUCCUGCUUUAUACGAAGCCCGUCGACGUACCAUGGCUAUGUGCAAUCUCCUUGCUUUCGUUGUCUUCACAAGCUGGCCUUGCAUGCCUCCCCGUCUUUUGAGCGAUCCUGAAUAUGAGGGCCCUGAUGCUGAGGAGGCCAAGAGCUUUGGCUUUGUCGACAGUGUUCACAGUGGUACUGGAGAGAGCAGUGUCUGGACCACCAACCGAUUCUGCAACCAAUAUGCGGCCAUGCCAUCUCUGCAUUUUGGCUACUCUCUUCUUGUCGGCCUCACCGUCGCCACUAUCCCUAUUACCGGCCUACGAUCUACCUCUUGGAAGCGAAUAGUCAUUGUUGCUGCUGGCAUGUCAUACCCAGCCUUGAUUCUCACUGCUAUUGUCGCCACAGCCAACCACUUCAUUCUCGAUGCCGUAGCUGGUGCUAUGGUCUGCGCUAUUGCCUGGAACUGUAACGACUUCCUCCUCAACUUCUGCAUCCUCGAGGACUACUUCCUAUCCAUGCUUCGCCUUCACAAGCCAGUGAACUGGACCGACCCUGAAACAGCUGUCGAGCCCGAGUUCCAGACUGGUCUCCUGAGUGAAGACGUCUAG